GGAAAAGCGCUCUGCACAUUUGCUCCAUGCUCAAAACACCCCUUAAACCAUCGCUCUUCAGAUUUCGCACUGCCUCGUGUCGCUCUCAACAUCUAUGCAGACGUUAUGAAUCUCAGGAUAGCACCCGCAGACCUGUACCAUGGAGGCAAGACACAGGAGUAGACCAACCCUCCGUGCUUAUCGAGGAUCACUUCACAAGAUCGACUCUAUUCACGUUCGACUUCUUCAAGCGCCUCGCGAAAUUUUCCCUAGUGGGUCUUUUUGCGCUUGGCAUCACAGGUUGGACAGCAUUCGAAGGUGUACACAUGUGGGUUGAGAAAGUGGAGCUCGCAGAAGACCAGGACAAUGAAGUUCGCCGUUGGGAAUGGGAUCGCGAUGCAGAGAAGUGGUCAGGUGGGAGUAUAGGGGGGACAGACUCAGCAUUAGGGUUCAAGGCGAGGCAUGCAGUGCGGAGUGCAUGGAUAGCGCAAAAUUGGGGGACGGGGUCGGGUGCGAGCGUCAUUGGUUCCAAUGCAUUCACGGGAAGAAACCCGUCCACAGGGAGUCUCAACAUCAUCGAAGCUCGGUUGGAGUUUGCGCAGAAUUUCCUUGCCAUAGCUGUCAAAAUCGCCGAGGAGAGAAUGUCAACUGGCUCUGUCCGCCCACAGACAAUGGUCGAACUUCUUUCCCGACAUGCUGGAAUCCUCGAACGCAUGGGUACGCGGGAUGCACUAUUCGAGUCCAGGUCGCAAUAUGAACGUGUCUGGGCUGGCCUACCUGGGAAAGGGAUUGAAGCUGCGCGGACUGCUCUGAAGGUUGGAGAUCUCAAUUAUAGACUCGGUGAUAGCGAAGAUGCAUUGACAUGGUGGGCACGAGCUAUAAAUCUUACUCAGGGCGACGGGAACAGACUACCUACGAUAAAUGAAACACCCACGGUACCGGAGUCGGCACCAUCAUCUCCUUCCGCUCAGCGGACCCUUAUCUCUACUCUCGUAUCGCUCUCUGCCUAUUAUUCGACAUCCGGUCAAUUGAAACAAGCCCAGUCGGUGCAGGAAGCUUCCCUCAGUCUCCUACGCUCAGUUCCCUCUCCCCAAUCCCUGGCUAGUGCAUCGCACCCUCAGGCACUCCAUUCUCUGUAUUUGCUUCAUCGCUCAUCGCUGCUCUCCAUCCAUCUCGCAGAGGUUCUGUAUGCCUUACGCUCUCCAUCUCAGACGUCUAUCCAAUAUCUCCAGCGAGCCGCUGAGUCCUCCGAACGUGUUGCACUCGCACUGACGGGUCUCCCCUUUUCACAUCCUGAUGCACCCGGCUCCGCGAUUCCACAUCCACCAGCGUCUGAGGCGCCGCUCAUGUCAUCGUUUCAAAAAUCACUUGCGAUGCGCAAGCCGGCUAAAAGCCUUUUACGCGAUGCGCGUCGUUCCGCGGCAGAGGCAUGGAAUCUCAUAGGGAUUCUUAGUGAAGGGCCUGACUCAGGAAAGGCUCAGGGAGGAGAAGGCAUGGAGCGUGCGCUGGAGUGUUAUGAGCGAGCACUGGGAUGGGCAGGCGUUGCUGCAGACCAGGUAGGCGGCAUCGGAGAAGCAGGAGAGGGUACUCCAGAGGCAGAGUGGAAGUUGAUUUGGGGUAAUUAUGUGAGGGCUCGAGAGGCAGUACGGAAGCAGGUGACGAAGGAAUGAGUAACGGUGACUUCAGAGUGUGCCCAAAUCUUUGAGCGUUUACCGGUAUCAAUAUAUUUAUCUACUCUCACACCUACAUAUAGUUAACGCAGAAGUCAUUGACUGUUCUUUAAUUCAUCAAGAAUUUUGUGUCAUGUGGCGAUAAGACCCCACUGUCAGCAUCUCGUUGACGGAGUAUUCGCCAUACUUAGACCAAUACUAACA